AUGGCGGCGUCGUCGGCAGCAGGGCAGCAGGCAACGGUGGGCGACGAGUCCUCGUCAGCGCUCAACAUUGUGCUCCACCCCGCGGUCAUUGUGUCCAUCACAGACCACUACACCCGGGCGCGGGCAAACACCAAGACGCCGCGUCCGCGGGUGGUGGGCGGCCUGGUGGGGACGCAGCGCGGGCGGACGAUCGAGAUGCACUCGGCGUACGAGCUGCUGGUCUCCGAGGACGCAGACGGCGGCCUGGUCUUCGACAUGGAGUUUCUGCGCAAGAAGCACCAGCUGAUCGUGGACGUCCAGGAGGAGUACCAGUUCCUGGGAUGGUACUCGACAGGAACCGCGCCCUCGGCAGCGGACCUUGCGGUGCAGACGCUGCUGCGCGAGGAGGGCAUCAACGAGUCGCCGCUGUACAUGGUGCUCGACCCGACGCCGCCGCCUGGUACUAAGGAGCUUCCGAUUGAUAUCUACGAGUCGGAGCUGCGGAUCAUCGAUGACUCGCCGACCUACCGCUUUGUCCACACCGCCUACUCAAUCUACUCGGGCGAGUCGGAGCGCAUUGCGGUCGACCACGUCGCCCACCUGUCGUCGGUUGCCACCGCCGAGUCGUCGUCGUCGGUGACAACUCAUGCCGGCGGCAUCGCCAACGCUGUCGAGAACCUCUCGGGCAGGCUGGCCAUCAUCCUUCGCUACCUCAAGGCAGUCCAAGCGGGAACUGCCGAGGCCGAUCCGCGCAUCCUGCGCAUGGUCAAGGCUGUCGUCCUCCAACUGCCUGUUGCCACCACCGGCGCAGGCACGGAGUUUGACCUCGAGUUUGUGGCCCAGUACAACGACACGCUGCUCACCACAUACCUCGCCACCCUCACCAAGGCCGCCUCGGCCGUCAACAACAUGGUCGACAAGUUCAACGUUGUCGCGACGAGCGAUCUGGAUGUGGCCGCUUUCCAGUCUGCUGUGACCGAGUGGCUGGAGACAGCGUGGACGGCGGUCGACGCGGCGACGGCGACGUCGGCGGUGCUCGUUGUCGGCAACGAGGCUGCAGACGUCGAUUCGGUCGUGUGUGCACUGGCGUGGGCUUAUACCUUGCGCAACAAAGCAAUCGAGGGCUGUGUUGUCCUCCCGGUCAUCGGUGUUCCGGCGGCCGAGCUCCCGCUCCGGACCGAGGUGACUGCACUCCUUGCGGCUACAUGCAUCGACGCGUCGCUCUUCGCGUAUCCAGACACGGUGCAGCAAGUGGUGGAUGCAGUUGGCCGUGAUGCGGUCACCAUUCAUCUUGUUGACCACAACGUGGUCCGGAUGCCGGCGCUGGUCUCGCUGGGUUCAGCGGUAAACGCCAUCAUCGACCACCACACCGACGAGGGCGCGCACGACGCAGCAGCACCGCGGCGGAUCGAGACGGUUGGCUCGUGUGCCACGCUUGUCACCGAAAUGAUCGAGGCUGGUAACUUGCCGCCUCCGUUGGCCUUUAUGCUCCUUGCUACCGUCCUUGUCGACACCGUCAAUCUGGCGCCGGAGGCAGGCAAGGUCACCUCAGCCGACGAGGCUGCGACACGGAGCCUGUGCCAGGCAAUCGCGCCUUGUGGAGGUGGAGACGACCACGUUGCGCUUGUGAACACGCUGUUUGAACAGAUGCAGGCCGCCAAGUUCGAUGUCUCGGCGCUCUCGUGCGCCCAGCUCCUCGCCCGCGAUGCCAAGUACUAUACCACGCCUGCCGGGCUCGGCUACGCCAUCCCAGGUGUCUUUCUCAACGGUGCCGAGUUUGUCGUCCGAGCCGGCGGUGCGACGGAGCUUGCAAUCGCUCUGAGCGACUACGCUGCGGCCAAGCACGCACACUUUGUCGUCGUCAUGCUCACCCAGCCGUCGGAUAGCGGCGUUUCACGCGAGAUGAUCGUCUACGUGCCGGCUUCGACUCCCGACGCGAGCACGCUCCUGAAUCGCUUGGUAGACUUUCUCGUCUCUGUCAACAACAGUGAGCUGCAGCUACAGACGACUGCAGCGUGCAGUGACGCCGGCUCAACCGAUGCCGGCGUCAUUGUGCACUUGGCCCAGGGCAACGCCACGGCCUCCCGCAAGCGCAUCGCGCCGCUCCUUGUCGAGUUUACCGCCUCAAUGUAGUGUACAAAGCCCCGUGAAAGCAUCA